GUGUUAAACAUGGCGGCGCAAAAGUCGGUGCCGAGCGAUCUUUAUAAAUCUGUCUACUCCUUCCUGCUGGAGAACAAGUUCACCAAGGCGGCGCAGGAGUUUAUCAAACAGACUAAAGUGAACCCACAGGAUCAAAAUGAAGAAAGUCUUACCAACAUCUUCAACUUCUGGGUGAAGUCUCCUGAAGCUAAGAAACGGAAGCAAGCUGAAGCAAUUAACGGCCCAUCAGCCAAGAAGGCAAAAACCAGUACAGAGAGCUCCAGCAGCGAAGAGUCGAGCAGCGAGGAUGAAGAAGCUGUUGCAAAACCAACAAAGGCAGCCCCUGCAGCCAAGGUGGUUCCUGCUAAAGCAGCUGCUAAAGCUGAAUCCAGCAGCAGUGAAGACUCAAGUGACUCUGAGGAGGAGAAGAAGACGCCUGCAAAGGCUCCUGUAAAGCCUGCUGCUGCUGCAGGCAGCACAAGGAAGAAAGACAGCAGCUCGAGCAGUGAAGAGUCCGACUCAGAGGAUGAGAAAGCAGCCAAAGCUCCUGCAACCAAACCCAAGGCAGCUGCUGUCGCUGCACCAAAAGCUGCUGUUGCUGCUAAAGGUGCAGCUCAGAAGAAGCAAGAGAGCAGCAGUGAAGACAGUUCCUCUGAUUCUGAAGACGAAGAACCAGCCAAGACGCCAGUCAAACCUGCCCAAGUGAAGGCCGCCACUCCUGCUGCUGCUGCUGAAUCAAGCAGUGAAGACUCUUCAUCUGAAGAUGAGGCUCCACCGAGCAAAAAAACAAAAGCAGGAGCUUACAGUGCAGUCCCACCUCCUGCUUCAGUUCAGAAAGCUCCAGCCGCAUCAGCAGCCAGCAAGGCCAAAGACAGCGACUCCUCAGACAGCAGUGAUGAGGAAGAAGAGAAAAAAGCUGCUAAACCUGCACCGGUAAAAAAGGCCACUCCUGCCAAACCCACCGUACCCAAACCUGCUGCAAAGAAGCAGGAGUCCAGCUCUGAGAGCUCAGAUUCAAGCUCAGAUGAAGAGGAGGCAAAGAAGCCUGCAGCCAAAGUCACCCCGGCUAAAGCUACCCCAGUCAAACCUGCACCUGCUAAAAAGGAAGACUCUGAAGACUCAAGCUCAGAUGAGGAAGAGGAGGUGAAAAAACCUGCUGUGAAGGUGACUCCAGCUAAGGCUGCUCCAGCUAAAGUCACACCUGCUAAGAUGACCCCAGCUAAAAAAGAUGACUCCUCAAGCUCAGAUUCAGAUAGCAGCUCAGAAGAUGAGGCUCCAGCAAAACCUGCCACUAAAGCUGCAGCUCCAACAAAGCCUGCUGCUGCUAAACCUCCUGCCAAGACAGCAGAGAGCAGCUCCGACUCUGACUCUUCUUCUGAUGAGGAAGAACCAGCUAAGGCCAAGCCAGCAGCAGCUAAACCAGCUACACCGGCUCCAAAGCCUGCUACUCCUGCAGCAAAGGCUGCUGCAGCAGCAGAGAGCAGCUCUGACUCCUCCUCUGAAGACGAAGCACCAGUCAAGGCUAAGCCAACAGCAUCUAAACUUUCUACCCCAGUUUCAAAGCCUGCUACUCCUGCCGCAAAGGCUGCUGCAGCAGCAGAGAGCAGUUCUGACUCCUCCUCUGAAGACGAAGCACCAGUUAAGGCUAAACCUGCAGCAGCUAAACCUUCUACCCCAACUUCAAAGCCUGCUACUCCUGCAGCAAAGCCUGCUGCAGCAGCAAAGAGCAGCUCUGACUCUGACUCUUCCUCUGAAGAUGAAGCACCAGUCAAGGCUAAACCUGCAGCAGCUAAACCUUCUACCCCAGCUUCAAAGCCUGCUACUCCUGCAGCAAAGGCUGCUGCAGCAGCAGAGAGCAGCUCUGACUCCUCCUCUGAAGACGAAGCACCAAUCAAGGCUAAACCUGCAGCAGCUAAACCUUCUACCCCAGCUUCAAAGCCUGCUACUCCUGCAGCAAAGGCUGCUGCAGCAGCAGAGAGCAGCUCUGACUCCUCCUCUGAAGACGAAGCACCAGUCAAGGCUAAACCUUCUACCCCGGCUUCAAAGCCUGCUACUCCUGCCGCAAAGCCUGCUGCAGCAGCAGAGAGCGACUCUGACUCUGACUCUUCCUCUGAAGAUGAAGCACCAGUCAAGGCUAAACCUGCAGCAGCUAAACCUUCUACCCCGGCUUCAAAGCCUGCUACACCUGCAGCAAAGGCUGCAGCAGAAAGCAGCUCUGACUCUGACAGCUCAGACUCUGAGGAUGAGGCAGCCAAACCUGCAGUGAAAAAACAAACUCCAGCUGCCAAGAAACCUGCUGCUAGUGCCACCAAGGCUCCUGCAGACUCCAGUGACGACAGCUCUAGCGAGGAGGAGGAAGCCAAGAAGGCAGCGGCGACACCCAAGCCCGCAGCCACAGCUCCCAAAAAGAAGGCUGAGGAGAGCAGCUCUGACUCCUCGGAUAGCUCUGAUUCUGAGACAGAGACUAAGAAAACCCCUGCAAAGGCUGCCAUUGUCCCCAAUGGCAAGGCAGCAACACCCAAGGCAGCAACACCCAAGGCAGCAAAGACUCCAGCAAAACCAGCGGAGUCCUCAUCCAGUGACAGCAGCUCUGAAGAAGAGGACAGUAAAAGUACUGUGAAGCCUGCUACACCAGCUGCUUCCACCAAGACAACCCCAGCAGCUAAAGCCAAGGAGAGCAGCAGCAGCUCAUCAGACAGUUCAUCAGAUGAGGACGAAGCACCACCUAAAGCAGCCACAGCACCCACCACACCCACAACAAAUGGCACCAAUGGAAAGCGAAAAAAGGAUGAGUCAUCAGAAAGUGAAGAGGACGAGACAGAUGUCAAGACACCAACAAACAAGAAAAAGCCGACCACACCACAGACGUUUCCUAAAGCCAACAAGUCUUCCAACGUACCUUUCCGGAGAAUAAGAGAGGAGGAAGUAGCCGUGGAUCCCCGUCUUGCAGACAAUUCUUUUGAUGCGAAGUAUGGAGCCUCAGGGGACUGGGGCCAGAAAGCCAACGAUGUACUAAGGUUCACUAAAGGCAAAUCAUUUCGCCACGAAAAGACAAAGAAGAAGAGGGGAAGCUACCGUGGUGGAGCCAUCUCCACCUCAGUCAACUCUAUCAAGUUUGACAGUGAUUGAGGACCUAGUAACUCUCCCACCUGAACUGUUCUCUACCUGUGCGAUCAGGACUACCAGUUGUCUGCUUCAUCCCCCCCGUAAACAGUCCUCCUACCAUCACCACCCUGUAGCAGCAGCACACUGACAGAAGAAUGUGACCUGUAGAGCUGAGCUGGCACUUACAUGCAGCUAUUUGCCCUUAGUUUGUAAUGGAGACCAUUCGUUUAAUCUGUGAUCUGACAGCAGCAGUUGAGUGGAGCUAUGGCAGCAGGAGAAAGAAGUUCCCAGCUGUGACUUUGACAUCCAUGUGUCAUUGUUACUUAUAGCCACCAGGUGGCUGAAGGCCACCAGUUAAUGGUAAAUAGCCAAUUUAUAUGUUGAGCCCCUUUUAUUUUUGUUUGUUUUUGACUUAAACCUUUUUUCUUAAGAGCCAAAUGAUAUAUCUUUGUAACAAAUGUUCCAUUCUCAUUCAUUUUGAAAGACAGCCAUCCAUCCUAACAGGUUCUUUAUUAUAUGCUAAGAAAAGGCUGAAACCCAUUUUUAACGGAUCACAUGGAUCCUUGAUGUUUCUUUGGUUGUAUGUUCAUUUUUCUUUGGCCAUCUUUAAACGUGGAGAGUACUGUACCUGGGUUUUUUCCUUUUAACAUUACACAUAGGUGUUCAGCGAAUAAGAACGUUUUAUGCUGUGUAUUUAUUACGUUUUAUUCCAUGUCAACAUUUAGGACCUCAGAUUUUUUUGUCCAUGCUAUUUACAAGCCAUCUUGCUUUGAAUGUUAGGAUGCUCCUGUAAACCUCUCUGUUGUGUUGGUCGUUGGUAUGUAAUCUGUUAUUCAACAACAUAAUCAGGAGCCAUGUUGUUUCAGUUACUAUGAAUUUUUGCAUAAUGCUUUCAUUUUUUUUUAGGAUCAACUCUUGUACUGUAAGUGUAAUUAAAGACCUGACUA